AAUUCAAAAAUUACUUGUCUUUGCUCCUUUAAAAUUUAAACCUCGUCUUCUAGUUCACAUACUUCACUUUCUGUCUUCCUUACUCAUGGGAAAUACAAAGGUUUUUCAGUAUCUGAACGUAGUUUUGGGGACUACGUUAAUUCUAUGUAUUACUUUUGUCAAUGGACAAAUCACAACACCAUGCACAAAUCCAAUGAUUAGCAGCUUUACCCCUUGUUUGAAUUAUUUAACUGGAAGCACAGGGACUGGGGGUUCACCGACAGGAGAUUGUUGUGGAGCACUACGCUCUCUAACGAGCACCAGCAUGGAUUGUGCUUGUCUCAUAGUCACAGGCAAUGUUCCAUUCUCACUGCCUAUUAACCGGACAUUAGCAAUUUCACUUCCAAAAGCUUGUAGAGCUGCUGGUGUCAAAGGCGUUCCAGUACAGUGCAAAGCCUCUGGUGUCCCUUUGCCAGCUCCAGGCCCUGUUUUGUUAGGACCGUCGCCUCCACCUUCAACUGCAGCUUCUCCAUUCAGUCCUAGAGCUUCGAAAGCAGCAACAUCAGCACCAGCAAGUCCUCCAGAUGCAACCACCUCAGAUGGCACCCCAGGAACAAGCAUACCUGCAGAUUCUCCAGAUGCAACUCCGGGGAUUCGACCUGUUCUCAAUCCAACAUCUGCUUCUGAUCCAUCUAACAUCUUGUCACCUUCUCUGCUCUUGGCAUUUGCAGGAACAAUGAUUUUAAAUUACUAUUAGAGCUAUCAUCACCCUUGUUUUGAUCAUAUGGGUGUUAAAUUUUCGUUUACAUAUUCUUUCUAUUGUGCUUCUGAUCUUCAAGAGGCCAAAGUGUCAUGUGUAUCUUACAUUUACAGUAUUGUUCUACAUUGUAGCAGUAGCAUCAUUUGUUUGAUUAAUGCAAAAUUUUGUUACUUGUUCA